AUGUCAUCCCAUAAUACACAGCUUGCCGCCACCGCUGUGCUAUCGGGAGCCGCUGUUGCAGGUGCUAUUUUCGGCUACCAGGCAUAUAAGCGAAAAGAGGCGGUGUCGGAGCUUAAAGAUUCGAUUCCGGACAUCAACGAGAGACAUCAUGCAGAGAAGCUUACAGAGUUUGGCGGUGCUUCCAUUGCGCCGCAAUUGAGCAAGGAAGAUCAGCGGAGUGCAGCUCUUGCGCGCAGGGCGCAACAAGGCGAUUACGACGAUGAUCUUAUCCUCGAACAACUUGCUCGAAACCGCGUUUUCCUCACCGAUGAAGGCCUUGCGAAACUCCGCUCCUCGUUCGUGAUAGUUGUGGGAUGCGGUGGUGUUGGAUCGCACGCGGCCGCUUCUCUGGCUCGCUCGGGCGUGUCCAAGCUCCGUCUGAUCGAUUUCGACCAAGCGACGCUGUCCUCGCUAAACCGACACGCGCUCGCUACACUGGCCGAUGUGGGAACUCCCAAGGUGCACUGUAUUCGCAGGAGACUGGAACAGAUCACCCCGUGGACGCAAUUCGACUGCCGCAACGAGCUCUUUGGAGGGGAGGUAGCGGAUGAUCUACUGGCUCCGUGGGCGUUCGAGGGUAGCGACCAGGGCCGAAAACCAGACUAUGUGUUGGACUGCAUCGAUAACAUCACCUCCAAGGUCGAGCUGCUGCACUACUGCCAUGCGCACUCAAUCCCGGUGAUCUCAUCCAUGGGUGCCGGAUGCAAGUCGGAUCCCACGCGCGUGACAGUCGGCGAUAUCUCCGAGAGCACGGACGAUCGUCUCUCGCGCAGCACUCGCCGACGAUUAAAACUGAUGGGCGUGAACUCGGGCAUCCCCGUGGUGUUUUCGACCGAACGCCCUGGCCCCGGCAAGGCGACUCUCCUACCUCUUGCGGAAGACGAGUUUUCGAAGGGCGAAGUUGGUGAGCUCAGUGUCCUUCCUGACUUCCGGGCUCGGAUUCUCCCCGUCCUCGGCACCAUGCCCGCCGUCUUCGGCUAUACCGUCGCCAACCACGUCAUCUGCGAUAUCUCCGGCUACCCUAUCGAUUAUAGUCUCGGCGGAGGCGGCAAGGGCCGCGAGAAGCUCUACGACGGCAUCCAGACGUCUCUGCAGGGCUUCAUGGAGCGGCUAACGCGCGCCGACGCUGGCCGGCAGAUUGUUGGUCUGCGACUCCCCAUCAGCAAGGACGACGUCGGUUACAUUGUGGACGAAAUAUGGCGAGGAAAGAGCGCCGUCAGCGGCUUGCCCAGUCGACUGGUGCUCGCACCUUGGACGCGCCCUGCCGAGGGCUUCGCACCAGACGCGAAGUGGGAGAAGGAAGGACAGCGAUUUAUCCCGCUCCCACUGGCCGACUUGGUCUGCAUGACCAAGGAGGAAGCCGCUGUGCAUGAGAAGCAGGUGCUUUUGGGCGGCAAGAAACUGGAAGAGGUGUACGAUGCGAAAAUCAUCGAGAAGGUGAACCAGCGAAGAGCGGAGGUAGAGUAUUACGAGCAAUUUCGAUAA